CCCGGCGGCGGCUACACCCUCCUGGGCGACGGCGACCUGGUGCUGGACGGCCGGCGCCCCUGCCGCCUCGCCCACUACUGCCGCAGGGAUGUAGUGCUCACAAGCCAUUGUGAUUAUAAAGACUACAGAGAUACUAUACUAAGCAGGCCGCUGGUAUUCUUCACAAAUGUGAAAAUAAAACCAGAUUUCCCAAACGAAAAAACAUAUGCCUUUCUUGUGAACACUCGACAUCCCAAAAUAAGAAGACAGAUAGAGCAUGGUAUGGACAACAUAAUAUCCUCAGUGUUUGGAGAAAGUUAUAAACUUCGGUUUGAUUUCCAGGAGGUUGUCAAGAGCUUUUUUCCUCCAGGAAGCCACUUGGUUAAUGGAGAUGCCUUGAGCUUUUCUUUUGAGUUCAAAUCGGAUGCCCUGUUUGAUUUCUUUUAUUGGUUUGGAAUCAGCAAAAGCACAGUUGCAGUGAAUGGGAAAGUUCUGAAUUUGUCCAGCACCAACCCAGAAAAGAAGGAAAUAAUCACAAUGUUUCUUGAAAAAAUGAGUGAGCCACAUGCCCGCUUGAGCAACAGCUUUUCAGACAGAAAAUUUAGUGUUACCUCAAGAGGUUCAAUAGAUGACGUUUUUAACUGCAAUCUGACACCGCAACAGUCUUUAACAGAGCCCCUUAUGACUGUCUGGUCAACAGCAUCAGGUCAAGAAAUAGAAGAAAGAUCAGCAAAAAUAGUGAGAUUUGUAUAAACAUCAAAACCUUUUCAGCUGAAAAAUCACAUGCACAGCAGUGCAUUGAUGGGAGAAGAACUUCCUGAGAUGAGAGGAAUGGUGGAAGGGGAAGAUUUUUCUUUUCUAUUUUUUCCUAUCUUAGAUGUGAAAAAUAGGGACUAUAUUCAGUUCUUUAUUCUUUCUUCCCACCGUCCUCCUCUGAAGUUGUUUUUCUUUUUUUUGAGGUGGACAUCUCAAUAGGAAGGAGAGUUAUCAGUGAGGUAGCAUAUGGCUUCUCUUUUCCUCGUCCCACAGUGUUGGGUCCGUUUCCUGAACACUACAGACCAUUCCUUUUUGAACACAGAAUUCUCUUGUGACAGUUGCUCCACUUGCUUUUCUUAAUCCCAGAUGGAGAGAUGAUCAGCGCAGAUCUCAUGAGGAUUUAGCAGCAUAAAACUGGGUUUCAAAUUUUGGGGCAGGGAAUUGUCAUUUCUAGAGUAUUCCAACAAAUAGACCCAAGUUAGGCCCUAUCUUCGCUCGCUGUGGAUCUGUUUCAGCAAUUUUUGCUGCAGCUUUUGAACUAUCUUACAGCAAAUUGUGAACUAUGAGCAAACUAUAUAAAGCACACAUUUUAAAAUAAUUUAAAACCUAUUAAUUGGAUCCCUUUCCACAGAAGCUA